UAGUAUGUAUUUUUUUUAUUUUUAUAUUGACGACCCACCCGUACAAGUAAGACGUAAGCAACUGAAUUUUUUAACAUCACACAAUACUUAAUUAAUGUUCUGUGACACUUGGUCAUAUUAUUAAAGCCAACAUGAAUCCAUUCUACAUUAUUUGGAUGGUAUUUUUCGCUUCCUACUGCAGCAGUCAGAUAAAACACGAUUUAAAUACGGACUCAGAAAAAGUGACUAGAUAUGAUACCUAUUCCUACGCGUGGACAAGCGAAUUGAAAUAUAUUUGGGCGAUUCAUAAUAUCAGUGAUCAUUUGAAACUUGGAACUAGUAAGAUUUUAUCGCCCCAGUUCAGUGCACCUAAAACUGAUCCUGAAUGGUACAUAAAAAUUACACCUCGUGGUACCGAUAAAAAAAACGAAACGAUCGCCGUGGAUGUAUAUUUAUGUGACUAUAUUUCAAUUAAAGAGGCCUCCGCAAAAUACGCCAUUUCAAUAAUAAAUAAUGAUAAAAAACGAUUGUGGUUUAGAAAUAGCACGAAUUUCACGAAAUUCCAAGCCGGACGUAGCCACGGUUGGCCGGAGUUCUGCAAAACUAAUGAUUUAUUUAGAAAUCAACUUCUGCAAAACGACACCUUAAUGUUGUUAAUUCACAUAACAGUGUUUUCGGGAUCAUCUCAUACAGAAAAUACACAAGAACCUGAUGAAAAUUUACUGCGAUGCGAUACGUAUCUGCAAAAGCAAAUUCAGGAGGUGGAAUAUAUUUGGGCUAUUCAUAAUUUCACCCAUCACGAGAUCAGUGGCACUCGAGAGAUUUCUUCCUCCAUCUUCGAACCACCAACAAUUGAUCGACGUAACUGGAGGAUUAUAAUUUAUCCUAAUGACAUUGAAGAUGGGAAGGAAACGAUAUCUUUGGAAGUAACGCUAUGGAGUUCACUCAGAGAAAUAGUCGGUAUUGAGUCGGCAGAAGUCAAUAUUUCAGCGAUAAAUGAUAAAAAAGAAGCUAUAAUUUCUGCAAGUACUAAGUUUGAAGAACCUGGAGGCUAUUGCUCAAAAAAGUGGUCGCGUUUCUGCACGAAAGAUGAUUUUUUCAGAAAUCAAAUUCUACAAAACGACACAUUAACACUGUCAGCCAGCUCAAAAAGAACUUUUCCACACACCCAUGUAAUAUCUUAUCCGCAUAAAGCAUCUUCGCCGAGACCUACACCUCAGACUACUCUUCUCGAGACCACGGCCACUACUGAAAACUUUGAAUCGAUGCUCGAAAAUCCGAAACUGGCCGAUGUCGUAUUCGCAAUCAACGGUAGCAAUUAUCCGGCUCAUAGAGCAAUUUUAGCUGCACGUAGUCCAGUUUUUGCCACCAUGUUUCAACGUAAACAUAUGAAAAAUGGAAAACUUAAACAAAUUCGAGUUAAAGUCACAAAUAUGAACGAACAAGUGCUACGAGCAAUGCUGCGAUAUAUUUAUACAGGGAAGUGUGAAAAUUUGAGUGAUCUAGCCGACGAAUUGCUCGUUGCUGCUGUUAAAUACGGUCUGAACGGAUUGAGAAAAAUUUGCGAGAAAGAGCGCAGUAAGACUUUGGUGGGCUGAGAAACAGUAAGGAUAUUGAAGAAAUUCAGCAAAGGCAUCGGAAAUCCAUAGUUGACAGAUCUGCAUAAAAAAUACUAAUGAGAUUGAGAGGAACAUAAUAUAUUUCAGUAUACAGAAGCUGCCUUCAAAGUGCACCCCCUCUCCCCCCACCAUGACGCGAUUACUGAAACGAGAGAUUAAAAUAUUGAUUUCUACCUUACUAGUUUCGAGUUGUUUUGAUUUUUAGCAUCUACGUAAAUUUGUACUCACCUGAAAAAAAAGAAACAAAAUUACAUUCUAGAUUAGGCAAAUGAAAUUCAUCUCGUACAGAAUAAAUAAAAAAGUUAUCAGGCAUCAAGUUUGUGAAAAAAAACUGAAUAAAGUUGAUGAACUUUUCGAAUUUUUACCCAUCAGGACGAAAACUCCAAGAACCUCAAAGUGAUCUGAAAGGCAUAAAAUCGUAACUUGAGCAAGUAACUUUGAUUGGUGGAUUUUCGACAUUGUCACGACCAUGUUUGGUGGUUACCUCAACAUUUCACGUAAGUAUACCUCAUAAAAAGUGUA